AUGAGUAAAGUUGCUCCAUUGCAACUGAACUAUCAUUUAGAGCGUAGGCUUGAGAAUUUGAGGAAUGGGAAAAGGGAAGUGAAGCUGAAGAAGAAACCACAACUUGAAUGGCAUUUAAAGAAUAUGAAACCAAAAUCCCACAAAUAUUUGGUGAGGAAUGAGUUUUCAGUAAAGCCAGCUACUUAUUCUGCAAAAAUAGUCACUGAUAUUCCCCUUUAUGAGACUCCUUGGGCUUUGUUUCACGAGUAUUUGGAGGAUAAACCCAGAGUUUUCAAUGCCAUGUUUCCUCACAAACAUAGUAUCCAACAGCUUUAUGAGGAUGAAUGGAGGAUUAAGAUGAUGCCAUUAAAGGUGGUGGGCCUAAAGGUGUGGCCAGUAAUUGACUUUAGGUUGAAAUGCAAAUACCCACCCCAAGUUCCUUCGGAUAUCACAAAACUUCUUGAGGUUCAGUCGGUAAGCAAAUAUGUGAACCAAACAAAUUAUUCCAUAUUAAUAUGCAUGGGUCAUCAAUCAGUACUCCAAGUGAUCAUUACACUUUGCAUGUACACCAUUCCUUCAUCCCUUAUAUAUAUAUAUAUAUGUAAAUCCAAAGGUGAAGUGCCGUUGCAGACAAGAUGUGAACUCCAAGGGCUUGACAAAGUAAAUGACUCAUCAUCGCAUUUCGCACUUGGUGUGAAAGCAUGAUUA